CACUUUCCCUCACCCCCUUUGCCCUCGUGAUCCCUUCAAACCCUGUCUCUUACAAAACCUCUCUCGCUCUCUGCCUCACAGCACCCACUCACUCCCCUCUACUCUAUCCCUCUCUCAUGGGUCUUCGCCGGAAAAUCGAUCCUUCCACCCAAACCCGCCGUGAGAAACCCAUCACUGUAUAACCCACAUUAGAACGUACAAACUAACCCCCUACAUUUGUUUCAAUUCGUGUGUUCUGUUUUGAAGGGGAAUAUGAGUGUGAGAUUUAGAUAUGCGGUUUGGUCUGUGGCUGUGUUUUUGCUGCUGGGGAGUUCCGGUCGGGUCAGUUCCGAGCCGACUCGCGACAAGCAAGCUCUACUUGCAUUCAUAACCCAGGUGCCGCACGCCAACCGGGUACAGUGGAACAACUCCGUCUCGGCCUGCAGCUGGUUCGGAGUCAAGUGCGACGCGAACAAUUCUUAUGUCUACUCCGUUCGGCUACCCGGUGUUGGGCUCGUGGGUCCUAUUCCACCCAACACCCUCGGCCGGCUGUCUCAGCUCCGUGUCUUAAGUCUCCGCUCCAAUCGCCUCACUGGCUCAGUGCCUUCAGAUUUAGGCAACUUGACACUUCUUCGGAACCUCUAUCUCCAAGGGAACGAGCUGUCCGGGGAGUUUCCGGCUGGAUUGACUCGGUUACAGCGGUUGAACCGGCUCGAUGUCAGCUCUAAUAACUUCACAGGCUCAAUUCCGUUUGCGGUGAACAAUCUGACGCAGCUGACCGGGCUGUUCCUCGAGAACAAUGCGUUUUCCGGGAGCUUGCCGAGCAUCUCAGCCGGUAAGUUGGACAAGUUCAACGUCUCGAACAACAACCUCAACGGAUCAAUCCCUGCGACCCUGGAGAAGUUCCCUUACUCCGCAUUCGCCGGGAACUUAGAUCUGUGCGGCGGUCCAUUACGGUCGUGCUAUCCGUUUUUUCCGGGGCCAGUACCGGCGCCCGGGACGCUGCCUAUAGUCCCAGUCCACGACAAGUCCAAGAAGCUCUCCACCGCCGCCAUUGUUGCCAUCGUAGUCGGUUCCGUUCUAGCCCUCUGCCUUUUACUUCUGCUUCUCCUUUGCUGCAUCAGAAAACGACGCCGUCAGCACUCCCCCAAGCCCCCGAAACCCCCCGUCGCCGCGACCCGCUCGGUCCCGGCGGCGGAGGCCGGGACGUCGUCGUCCAAGGACGACAUCACCGGCGCGUCGACGGAGGCCGAGAGGAACAAGCUAGUCUUCUUUGACGGCGGAGUUUACAGCUUCGACUUGGAGGACUUGUUGAGGGCAUCGGCGGAGGUUUUGGGUAAAGGAAGCGUGGGAACGUCGUACAAGGCGGUGCUGGAAGAAGGUACCACGGUGGUUGUGAAGCGGCUGAAGGACGUGGUGGUGACGAAGAAAGAGUUCGAUAUGACAAUGGAGGUUCUCGGAAAAAUUAAGCAUGAAAAUGUGGUUCCGUUGAGGGCGUUCUACUUCUCUAAGGAUGAGAAAUUGUUAGUCUAUGACUUCAUGACCGCCGGUAGCUUAUCUGCUCUUCUUCACGGGAGUAGAGGCUCAGGUCGCACCCCACUGGACUGGGACAACCGGAUGAGAAUCGCGCUUAGUGCCGCGAGAGGCUUAGCACAUCUCCACGUGGCGGGUAAAGUGGUCCACGGCAACAUUAAGUCAUCCAACAUUCUGUUACGCUCCGAUAAUGAUGCGACGAUUUCGGACUUUGGGUUGAACCCGCUGUUCGGGACCUUCACCCCGCCCAACCGGAUCGCGGGUUACCGCGCUCCGGAAGUGGUGGAAACCCGAAAAGUCACGUUCAAGUCCGAUGUUUAUAGCUUUGGGGUGUUGUUGUUAGAGCUAUUAACGGGGAAAGCACCCAAUCAGGCUUCCUUGGGUGAAGAGGGAAUAGACUUACCUAGGUGGGUCCAGUCCGUGGUUCGUGAGGAGUGGACUGCUGAGGUGUUCGACGUGGAGCUAAUGAGGUACCAAAACAUUGAGGAAGAGAUGGUUCAGCUCUUGCAAAUAGCCAUGGCUUGUGUGUCCACUGUCCCCGAUCAACGGCCGGCAAUGCAAGAGGUAGUCCGUAUGAUCGAGGAUAUGAACCGGGCCGAAACCGAUGACGGCUUACGACAGUCGUCGGAUGACCCGUCGAAGGGAUCAGACGGUCAUACGCCUCCACAAGGGUCCAGGACCCCACCUAGUGUCACACCCACACCUUGAGUGAGUCGUAAGAAAGAAGG